GUGAACAUUUCUCAUACUACCAUGUCUCUCCGAUUCUCUAGUGGGUCCAGGCAUAUUUGCUUAGGGUCUGGAACUGGAUCUGUCAGACCAUCCAAUGAAGGCAUAGGCUUUGCAGGCAGCAAUGCAUGUGACAGCUCUGGGGCUGGAAGUGGAUUUUCCUGUGCUUUGGGAGGGGGCUUGGGCAAUGUUCCUGGUGGGAACCAUGCUGGUGGUACCCUUGGAAGUGGUACAUGUGCUAGCUUUGCUGGAAGUGAAGGGGGACUCCUCUCUAGGAAUGAGAAAGUGACCAUGCAGAAUCUUAAUGACCGCUUGGCAUCCUACCUGGAUAACGUGCGAGCCCUGGAGGAGGCAAAUGCUGAACUAGAGAGAAAAAUCAAGGGUUGGUAUGAAAAACAUGGUCCUGGAUCUGGCCGUGGACUUGAUCAUGACUACAGCAGAUAUCACCUAACAAUCAAGGCUCUUAAGAAUAAGAUUCUCUCUUCCACUACUGGAAAUGCUAAUGUCAUUCUGCAGAUUGAUAACGCCACACUGGCUGCUGAUGAUUUCCGGCUAAAGUAUGAAAAUGAGCUCGCCCUUCACCAAAACACAGAGGCAGACAUCAGUGGGUUACGGCGAGUCCUGGAUGGACUGAAGCUCUGCAGGACUGACCAGGAGCUGCAGUACGAAUCCCUGAGUGAAGAGAUGACCUAUCUCAAGAAGAACCAUGAAGAGGAGAUGAAGGCCCUGCAGUGCGCGGCGGGAGGCAACGUGAACGUGGAGAUGAACAGGGCGCCCGGCGUGGACCUCACGGUUCUCCUGAACAACAUGCGGGCCGAGUACGAAGCCCUGGCGGAGCAGAACCGCCGGGACGCGGAGGCCUGGUUCAACGAGAAGAGCGCUAGCCUGCAGCAGCAGCAGCAGAUCUCAGACGCCGCGGGCGCGGCCACCCCGGCGAGGAACGAGCUAACCGAAAUGAAGCGCACCCUGCGGACCCUGGACAUGGAGCUGCAGUCCCUCCUGGCAACGAAACGCUCCCUGGAGUGCUCCUUGACAGAGACCGAGGGCAACUACUGUGCACAGCUGGCCCAGAUUCAGGAUCAGAUCAGGGCCCUGGAGGAGCAACUGCACCAGGUCAGAACCGAGACCGAGGGCCAGAAACUGGAGUACGAGCAGUUCCUGGACAUCAAGGUCCACCUGGAAAAAGAAAUCGAGACCUAUUGCCGCCUGAUAGAUGGAGACGGAAACUCAUGCUCCAAAUCAAAGAGCUUUGGAUCAGGGAGCUCAGGAAAUUCAUCUAAAGAUUUAUCCAGAACCACACUGGUAAAGAUGGUGGUUGAAGAGAUAGAUGAACGUGGUAAAGUUGUUUCAUCAAGGGUUCAGUCUAUUGAAGAAAAGACAUCUAAAACGACCAAUGGCAAGACAGACCAAAGAGUUCCUCUCUAGCUGUCACUUUUGAGAAAAGAAUCAUUUGGGGGAAGAUCCUGCAAAACUGCAUUAUUCUAAAUAUCAAGGAGAUAAUAAAAACACUUUGUACCCUUAAAGAUAAGUUACUUAGCAAAAAAAAAAAUCCUGUUUUCAUAGUUACCUUUUAUAGGAAGUUGGGUGUUUGUUUUCAAAUAAAUAAAAAAGU